GUCAUCGUCGCUGCGUUCUCGGGCUAAAAGAGGAAGGAAGGCGACGCGACUUCGCACCAGUUUUUUAAGACUCGCUUCUCUUACUCCUCCACCGGGCGGGAACGAGAGCUCCUGCGACGACGAACCGCGCCCAUGGAGAAGAGGACAUUGGUACCGAGACGGUGGUGGCAGCGAGGCCAUGCCGACCAUGGCUGGCUCAAGUCCUUCCACACUUUCAGCUUUGCUAGCUACUUUGAUCCGGCCUACAUGUCCUUCGGCCCCUUGCGCGUGAUCAACGAGGACCGGGUUGCACCCACCACGGGCUUCCCCACUCACCCGCACGCCAAUGCCGAAAUCUUCAGCUACAUCAUCGAGGGCGAGCUGACGCAUCGAGACAGCAUGGGAAACGUCGAGACGCUCCACAGGGGCGAGGUCCAGUUCACCUCGGCCGGCACGGGCAUUCGGCACUCCGAGUACAACGCCCACAAGAAGCGCGAGUGCCACUUUCUACAAAUCUGGUACAUUCCCUCAGAGAAGAACCUCGAGCCAAAGUACUACACGCUGCCGCAGACGUCCGACGACGAGAAGCGCGACAGGCUCCUCACACUCAUUCGAUCCUCGACGACCUUCACCGACGAGGAGCUCAAGAAGACAGGCCUGCUCGCGCAAGGCAGAGCCAUUCCGGCGCAUUGCAAUCUCACGACACGGGCCUCGAUUCUUUCUCCGGGCGCAACACCCCUCCGGCACCUUGUCGGGUCAGAGAGCGGCGUGGACGAGCAUGGCGUGGAGAGGUGGAUCUACGUCCAUGUGGCCAUGACAAGCGGCUACAGGGACGCGAGGCUGUUUCAACGUAGCAUAGCGCUGAAGACAGAGGAAGGACAGACUCACGACAAGAGGCUGAACCACGCCGCAGACUUCUUGCAAGGGGUGUACGAUGGACAAAGGCCCUUUUGGUCCCCCUCUGCCCCCUCUGGCCGCAAACAGCAGCCGCGUACUGAGCUCGCAAGCGAUCGGCCCAGGGUCACGCUGACGUUUGCACAAAGUCUCGACGCAAAAAUCGCGGGCGAAGGUCGAAAGAUGCUACCGCUCAGUGGGCCCGAGAGCAUGAUCAUGACGCACACGUUGAGAACGAUGCAUGAUGGCAUCCUCGUUGGUGUUGGAACGCUGCUGAAUGACGACCCCCAGCUCAAUGCCCGACUUCUGACGCCUCUCCCCCCGCCCUCGAAAGAGAGGGCAGUCCCGGUUGAUCAAUGCCCGAGGCCUAUCGUUCUUGACUCAUCGCUUCAAAUUCCGCUUGAUUGCAAACUCAUCACCAACUUCAGAAACGGUGUCGGAAAGGCUCCCCUGAUCGUGCAUGGAUCCUCGGAUGCUUCAUCGGAAAAGGCGCAGAAGCUCAAAGAGUCCGGGGUUCAGCUCGUGGCCGUCUCGAAUACGAGGAACUGGGAAGAGGUCCUCCGAUCGAUCAAGGAGGAGGCUGGGCUGCAUAAUGUCAUGGUGGAAGGAGGCGCUUCGAUUAUUUCCUCGCUCCUGGAGCAGGAGCAUCUCGUCGAUAAAGUCAUCGUGACCGUCUCGACAAGGGAUGUGGUUGGUGAAAAGGGCCUUGGAUACGGUGCGGGGCCGUCGUGGCUCCGGACUGGGUCACCACAGUCGCCGGCGAGGAACUCAAGCGACGCGAGCAAGAGCAGCACGAUGCAUUCCGUCACAUUGACACCAGAACCCUUCGGAAAGGACCUCGUCUUUGCUUGGUCACGGUCGGCCCCUCUUUUGGCGACUGCGAGGGUCCGUGUGAAGCUGGCCUCGAUCGACAAAGAAGAAACACUUGAAGAGGGCGACGGCAUCUUCAUCAAAGGAUGUCGAAUCGGGCAGGAUGAGAUCGCUUUGGAGAAUGCAGGAGAAAGAGACGCCGAGCUCAUCCUCUUUGACGUCGAGCCCGGGAAUCAAGACGCCAACGACGACGACGAUGAUGAUGAUGACGACGAAUGGGAUGACUGAUCGAUGAUUCAGAUGAAAUGAGAAUGAUCUGUAAGAUCGUGUCUACAUUGAAUACCCGGUACAGAAAUGAAAAGCGUCUCU